AUGUGCGCCCUGCCCCGAGAGACCUCGCUGGCCCGCGGAGAGACGAUGGGGAAGGACGUGGUGAUAAGGGGUGUGGCAAUGGGGCACUUCCGGUUCCGGGUCGGCUGUGGGCACUUCCGGCUGCCCUCGCCUCCUUGUCCUGGAGCCUGUGGCGAUUGGGACAUUGACGAGUGUGAGAAUGACUACUACAACGGCGGCUGCGUCCACGAGUGUAUCAACAUCCCAGGCAACUACAGGUGCACCUGCUUCGACGGCUUCAUGCUGGCGCACGACGGACACAACUGCCUGGACGUGGACGAGUGCCAGGACAACAAUGGAGGCUGCCAGCAGAUCUGCGUCAAUGCCAUGGGCAGCUACGAGUGCCAGUGCCACAGUGGGUUUUUCCUCAGUGACAACCAGCACACCUGCAUCCACCGCUCCAAUGAGGGUAUGAACUGCAUGAACAAAGACCACGGCUGUGCCCACAUCUGCCGGGAGACGCCCAAAGGUGGGGUAGCCUGUGACUGCAGGCCCGGCUUUGACCUUGCCCCAAACCAGAAGGACUGCACACUAACCUGUAACUAUGGGAACGGAGGCUGCCAGCACAGCUGUGAGGACACGGACACGGGCCCCACGUGCGGCUGCCACCAGAAGUACGCUCUGCACUCGGACGGUCGGACGUGCAUCGAGAAGGAUGAGGCUGCAAUUGAGCGCUCUCAGUUCAGUGCCACGUCAGUAGCUGAUGUGGACAAGCGGGUGAAACGGCGGCUACUCAUGGAGACGUGUGCGGUCAACAACGGAGGCUGCGACCGGACAUGCAAGGACACGGCCACGGGCGUGCGGUGCAGCUGUCCGGUUGGAUUCACACUGCAGCCAGAUGGGAAGACUUGCAAAGACAUCAACGAGUGCCUGACCAACAACGGGGGCUGCGACCACUUCUGCAGGAACACCGUGGGCAGCUUCGAGUGCGGCUGCCGCAAGGGCUACAAGCUGCUGACCGACGAGCGGACGUGCCAAGACAUCGACGAGUGCUCCUUCGAGAGGACCUGCGACCACGACUGCAUCAACUCCCCGGGCGGCUUCCAGUGCCUGUGCCACCGCGGCUACGCGCUCUACGGGACGGCCCACUGCGGAGAUGUGGACGAGUGCAGCAUGGACAACGGCAGCUGCGAGCAGGGCUGCGUCAACACCAGGGGCGGCUACGAGUGCGUCUGCCCAGCAGGGAGGCGGCUCCACUGGAACAGAAAGGACUGCGUGG